CUUCUACAAUAUUUGGUAUUAGCUUUAUCUUUGUUGUUUGUUGGGAUAUAAAAUUCUUCCGAGAAAAUUGUAGACUAAACAAGAAAAGUAACGUGUCGUAAGAAAAUUGUUUAGUACAUUUUAUUAACAUUAAUUUUAUUUCAAGACAGAAAUGCGUAUAUUUACUAUUACGAAAAAUUCUUUCCUUCGUCGUUUUGCAUCCCUUCGAGUUCUACCUUCAGACGAAAAUGCUGCGUUUAUGUCAUCCCAGUCUAAGUUUGCGGACCAUAAAGAUCUCGAACUUAUUCGGAAUAUCGGAAUAUCUGCUCACAUAGAUUCUGGGAAAACCACACUGACAGAGCGAAUUCUGUUUUACACAGGAAGGAUCGAAGAAAUGCAUGAAGUGAAAGGUAAAGACAAUGUUGGUGCUACGAUGGAUUCCAUGGAACUGGAGCGACAGCGAGGCAUCACCAUACAGUCAGCAGCCACAUACACGUUGUGGAAAAACCACAACAUAAAUAUCAUUGACACACCAGGCCACGUGGACUUCACGGUGGAAGUGGAGCGUGCCCUGAGGGUCCUGGACGGGGCGGUGCUGGUGCUGUGUGCCGUGGGGGGCGUGCAGAGUCAGACGCUCACCGUCAACCGCCAGAUGAAGCGCUACAAGGUGCCGUGCAUGGCGUUCAUCAACAAGCUGGACCGCCAGGGUGCCAACCCCGGCAGGGUGCUGGCCCAGAUCAGGUCAAAACUUGGACACAAUGCAGCAUUUCUCCAAUUGCCAAUUGGACUUGAAAAUAAAGUUUCUGGUUUGGUUGACCUAAUAGAUAGGAAGGCAUUGUAUUUUGAGGGUGAUUUUGGAGAGACAGUGAGAGAAGAUGAAGUUCCUAAAGUCAUGAGAUCUGAGUGUGAAGACAGAAGGCAGGAACUCAUUGAGCAUGUUUCAAAUGUGGAUGAUGUUCUUGGAGAGAUGUUUCUUGAGGAGAAGACACCCACUGAGAGCGAGGUGAGGAAGGCAAUUCGGCGUGCGUGCCUGCACCGUGUCUUCACCCCGGUGCUUGUCGGCACGGCACUCAAGAACAAGGGCGUGCAGCCAUUGCUGGACGCGGUCCUUGACUACCUGCCCUGCCCAGGAGACGUUGAGAACAUAGCGCUGCGAGAGCGGGGCAGCAAGGAAUCGGAGAAGAUAGUGUUGAGUCCUUUGAGGGAUGGGAAGGCUCCCUUUGUCGCCCUGGCAUUUAAGCUGGAAGCAGGAAGAUUUGGCCAGCUGACCUACCUGCGGUGCUACCAAGGAGUUCUGAGGAAGGGCGACACCAUCUACAAUGCUAGGAACCGGAAAAAGGUAAAAGUGUCUCGUCUGGUGCGACUCCAUUCCAAUGAGAUGGAAGAUGUUUCCGAGGUUUUUGCAGGAGACAUCUUUGCCUUGUUUGGGGUUGACUGUGCUAGUGGUGAUACCUUUGUCACUGACCCAAAACUACAGCUUUCAAUGGAGUCAAUAUUCGUUCCGGACCCAGUAGUGUCGAUGUCAAUCAGGACUGUGAACUCGAAAGAUCGCGACAAUUUCAGCAAGGCAGUAGCUCGGUUCACUAAAGAAGAUCCUACCUAUCAGUUCCAUUACGACGUGGACAACAAGGAAACUAUAGUGUCGGGCAUGGGAGAGUUGCACUUGGAAAUAUAUGCCCAGCGCAUGGAAAGGGAAUACGCUUGUCCGGUCGUCCUUGGGAAACCGAAAGUGGCCUUCAGGGAGACACUCUCGGCGCCAUGUACCUUCGACUUCCUCCACAAGAAGCAGUCUGGAGGGCAGGGUCAGUUCGCCAGAGUGAUAGGCAUCAUGGAGCCUUUGCCACCCAAUCAGAACACAUUUGUUGAGUUUGUGGAUGAAACGAUAGGUACCAACGUACCUAAACAGUUUAUACCCGGUGUAGAGAGAGGUUUCAAUUUCAUGAUGCAAAAAGGUCUGUUGUCCGGCCAUAAAGUGUCCGGGGUGAAGUUUCGGCUCCAGGACGGAGCGAACCACAGCGUGGAUUCUAGUGACUUGGCAUUCUUCCUUGCAGCCCAAGGAGCCGUCAGGGAAGUUUUUGAAAAUGGCAGCUGGCAGAUCCUGGAGCCCGUCAUGUCUGUGGAGGUGACCGCGCCUGACGAGUUCCAAGGGGCCAUCAUAGGCUCCGUCAACAAGAGGCACGGCAUCGUCACUGGCACGGAAGGCAGCGACGGGUGGUUCACUCUUUACGCUGAAGUGCCCCUGAACGACAUGUUUGGAUAUGCGUCGGAGCUGCGAUCCAACACUCAGGGUAAAGGGGAGUUCAGCAUGGAGUACAGCAGGUACUCCCCAGUGCUGCCGAGUGUCCAGGAGCGAAUAGUGCAGCAAUACCAAGAGAGCCUGGGCAUUGGUGUCCAGCAGUCUUCGAAAAAGAAUUGACACCUUCUAGUCAGCUGAUAAGAAGGCUUGUAUCAUUCAAGUUGUCGUGCAGUUUAAUGUUGCAGUGUGACGUAUUGAGCUCUGCAAACUUUCUUCCAUUCCUAGAAGAUGACUGCAAAAUAGUGGACAUGCCUGUUACCAAUAUGUACAUUAAGAGUGUACUCUGUACAGGAUUAGGUACAUCAUGAAGUGUUUUGGAAAUUUUAAAACUUAUCGUGAUUUACCUUAUCAUUUUUACCAGUGUUUAUUUUGGAAAAUUAAAUAGCCUAAUUAUUUUUAGAAUAAUGUGUAAAUUUUUAAACAUCUAUUUAACAAAAUUAUUGUAGAAAAAUGAUUUUUUUUUUCAAUAAACUUCUUGUUAACUGGUAAUUAUGAUAUUUUUUUACAGUUAUAUAUUUAAUCCUUUUGUGUUUGAAAAAAUUAACUGUACCAAAUUUAGUUUUCAUUUUCAGUAUUUUCACAAUAUAGAAUAAAGGGUAGGACCUAGUCAUAUAUUUAGAGCUAGAAACAACAUUGUUUUAUUACAUAAUCUUCACACAUUUCAUGCUAUAUCAAGUUUAAAAAGUAGGGGUGCGAUUUUUAUGCAAGAAAAGCAUUUUUGUUGAGAUUGUUUUUCAUAAAAACAAAACAUGUUGCAUUGAAGGUACAUUUAAUUAAAAAGUGGAGAAUAAUACAAAACCAUGUCAAACAAUUUAAAUUAAUUAGUCAUGCAACAAAAACGUAUUACGUUAAACUUAUAAGAAAAAAAUGAAAAACUUGAGCUAGAACUACCAAAGUGUUCCCAUAAGUAUCAUGGUAGUACACACUAACCACGAAAGAGUGCAGGCUAUCAAAUGUAGUUUACUCUGCAUGAGACAGAGCAUGUGUAGAGCCACCUGUUUGCGGUGAAAAUAAAUGGCAGAUUUCGUUAAUUUUUUUUUGUUGAUUUGUGUGUAUUUUUCGUCAUUUUUAAAACUGAUUUCGGUGUAUUUUUCGUCAUUUUUAAAACUAAUUUCAGUAAAAUUUUCGUCGCUUUUAGAAUUUUUUUUAAUGCUUUUUUAUUUCUUUUUAAAAACUCAGGUAAUUUGUGAUCUUAAAAAUGUUUAGUUUUAUUGAAGUCAUGCAGAAAAAACAAGAAUUUAAUAAUUACUUAAAGUGUACAAAAAUAGUUACAAUUAACAUAACACUAUUCUUCCCAAAGAACAUAUUAGAAAUCUAAAUUUUUCAUUUCUUAUGGAGAAGUUAUCACUUAUCACUUAUCAUUUAUCAGUGUUAUCACCCAACGGACAUUAGCUAGAUGGAAAAGCCAGUGCAGUCAUCAGCUCCAUAUUUUCUGCACAGAUACUUGUCCUUCUGUCUGUCAUAAUGUUUCCGUAAUAAGAGAAACCUCGUUCAGAGUCAACGUUGCUGACAGGAAUCCACAAAACCUGCACUGAACAUUCCAUAAAACAUGGAAAGUCUUACUUCAUAGACAGUACAUCUACAUCUUUACUAGACUCUGCGUCAGACUUCACCAUAUCCCUGAAAACAGAGUAUGCUUCCAAAUACUGAUGCGGAAAGCUGUUUCAAAAGUGGUAUACAUUUUAAAAAGUCAGAAAUGUCACUAGGGGCACUGUUAAUUACAUGUCUUGGGUCAAAAAUUUUACCAACUGCUGUAGUGAAUGACUUUGCAGAGUCACUUUCCCUUAGCUCUACUAGCUUAUUCAAACAUGUUGAAGCAACAGCUUUGAAAAGAGAGGCUAAACUUUCCCUGCUCUGCCUGGGAAUGGUUUCUAGUAUUUCAGAGGUAAUUUGAAAAAAGAAUCCAUCACACACCAAAGUAAAUAAUUUUGCCAAAUCAUUUAGCUUGGUGUCCAGUGUUAGCUAAGGGAACUGAUGAACUUUCAAGCAACUGCAAUAAGUUGCAGCACUUGCUGAAGUGUUCCACAAGAAACACUGCCUGGCACUGGAUUAUUUUGGUAUCUGACAAAGACAAAUUUUUGAAGUAUUGCACGGCCGUGCUGUCGUCUUAGGAGGUGUUGAAAAAAGCAACUACAUCACACAAAUGGUCUCUCAGGUAUUCCACACUCCUGAACCACGAGUUCCAUCUAGUGAUAACAGGCAUUGGGAAGAGCUUCACUUUCUCUGAUUCUUGAGGAUACGUUUCUUUAAGAAAAGAUAUGUAUGCAUGUUUUUUUUUUGUUUUUUUUUCGCUUUUUCAAAAAAAACAUGUUUCGUUUGUGUCACACACUCGUUAAGCUUUUUGAGUUCUACAGCCCACAAAUUUGUCACCAAGUUGACUUUGUGUGCCAGCAUUGUGUGUGUAGAAGUUCUUCAGAAACUAAGAUUCUGAUAGUGUUUAUGCAUUUCCCCAUGUACCGAGCAGAAUCAGAAGUUAUGGAAAUGUUUUCAUACAUAAUCUCAAGUUUCUGUAUAACAGAAACAAUUGAUUGAGAGCAUUCUGUAGCAUUUGCAUUUUUUAGCACUUUCACACCUCCCACAAGCAAUUUCUGAACUGAACUAUCACCACAUUCAAGAAUCUUUACCAGCACCAAAAACACACACUGACCCUUUCUGUCUGUGGUUUCAUCGCAAAGAAUAGAAACCCGCUUUUCCCUUACAGCAUUCUUCAUUUUUUCUUCUUCUUCAAGUAUCAAUUGAGGCACAUAUGCAUCUCGUAGCCUACUUGCUGUAGGCAAAUCACCAGCACCUGGGAAAAGUAAGGAACGUCAGGAAUAUUAUAUAAUUAGGCCUAGGGCAUUUCCUACAUUUGGAUAGAAUUUCAGGAAUUUAAAACCAGAAAUGUUAAAAAUAUUAUGAGAAUUUAGGUUUCAUUCAGUUUCAUUUAGGUACAAUAAGCACUAAAGUUCUUGUGUAUUGAAAUGUUAUGCUCAUUGACUGGAAUUUAAUUUUUUUUACAAAUUUCAGUGUAGUUUCAAGUUUCUGUGUAAACAAUAAUAAAAAAAUCAUAAAGUUUGUAAAUCAAAGGAUGUUUUUAAAAGUAGGCCUACCUUCCAUGUACUUGUUCAUUGAAUCCCUUAAUUUAGGAUGAUCAAAUUUCUCUAAAGAAAUAUUAGCUUCCAUGAAAGCACGAACUGUUGACAUAACAAAUUCUUGUUUGUCUUCUUUAGCCUUUUUCGUGCGGGAAAUUACGUCGGUGAGUGAAAUCUGACGUUUGACACCUGAAGUAUUUGCUGCUUCAGAUUGUUUUGCAGCUUGUGCGAACGCUUUAUUCUUUUUUUGGGAAGUGCUGCCAUUAAUGUGUUUCAAACACGUAUCCUUCCUGGCCCACUCGAUGCGCACAUUACAAUACUUGCACAUCAAAAUCUUGUUGGUUUUAUCAAAGAUAUAAAAUCCUUCGUGCAAGAAUUCUUUCUCGCGGUCGUAAAUUGUAACCACCAUUGACCAUUCUAAACGUUUUAUUUUGUAACGUUACAUUAAACCUUCGUAGACUACACGCAGUCGACAAAGCAAACAUUAAACAAGCAGAUCUACGACGAGACUAAAUAAUCACAGAAUAACAACACCACAAGACUCCCGACAUUCGACUAAAUACUACUAAUGGAAUAAAUAUAUUAAAUCGACGAAUCGUUCUCGCACGUCCAGUAGGCAACUGUUGAGGUGGAGAACGUGAUUCAACUUCACAUUGCUCGCAUUUAAGUUCUCACAACUUCGAACUUUCUCUUUGCACCUUACCUAACCUAACAACAUGAACCUGAACCUAACCCGGCCAGACAGAGGUCUCGUAAUUGUCACGUAAACAAAAACCUGUCGAUUCUUUAGCGCGAACAUGACAUCGGAAUUUAUCGAGCGUAAGCAUUUUUCGUUAUUCUGUUGUUUGGAAAUGGUAGUUUUUUGUGAACAGCAACGAGCUAGUCGACGAAAUAUCGAUAUAAUCUAUAUAUCUCACGUUAACACGGUCUGAUUGACUUAUAGCGCUCAAUCGAAUAAAAGUAAACACAACAGCGAGAGGAAUACGUUCAUUUCGUGAUUUUUUCGUGUUUUAUCGCCAUCGCAGUAAAUUUCGCACAAAUUCCUAGAUUAUGGCAAAAAUUUCACGAUUUCGCGCGUCGCGUAAAACAGGUGGCUCUAAGCAUGUGCACUCUAUACGUGCAUCAAUGUAACCAAACAUGAUGAUGCCAACUAGUGCUGGCUACAUUUUUAUAUGUUACACACUGGCAAUGAAAAAUUGAAGGUUAAAAUGUUUGAAAACAUCUUGAAAAGAAAAUUUACACAUUGGUACUCUGUAUUACUGUUCAUUAAAUAAGUAGGUGGUAAUAUUCUAACAAUUGAUAAAUUUCAAUUUUAAAAAAACAUUGUAUUAUGGGGAAAAACAUACAUAUUAUUGAGAAAAUGGAGGGACUGAAACAUUUGACCAUAACUGGACAGGAAGUAGCAUUGUGCUGGUACAUCUUUGAGUUUUGCUAUAAUUGUAUUUUCUCAUUAUAACUAACGCACUGCCUGACAUAAACUAGCCGAUUUGUGUAUGUGCGUUCUGUGAAUGCUGUGGCCAAGUAGUGGUGGUGACAGUUCUGCAACUGUGACCCAACAGUUUUUUUUGCGUGAGAUUUCUCGGCUUUCAAAUGCAACAUUCUGUGACAAAACUGCAGCCAUUGCUUUGAAAAGCAGCACUUCAAAGCCCAGCUUUUUACUCCCUUCAGCUUGCACACACAUUUCUCCCUAACUGUAUCAUGCGUGCUAGUUAUUAUAAAAGAAACUGACUAAGUGUAGCUUACUGCCUUUUUUUUUUUUUCUAUUCUGAAAGACAAUUUUUUUAAAAAAAUACAAUAGAUUUCUUAGGCACCAAUAAGCUGAGACAGGAAACAAAGUUUUCACUUGUAUUUUACUGUAAACAGAUAUAUGAUGCAAUUAAUAUUCGAAGAGGACCCUUACAGCAAAUAAGUUGGAUUUUUAUGACCUAAAUUGUAGCUGUGAUUCAUAUGCAGGGGCGACUCUUCUGCAGGCAAUGCUCUUAAUCUAAAAUUUAGGAUUUUGUUUUCUAAAUUAUAAUCAAUUUAUUAAUGUUUUAUUGGUAUGAAAUUGAUGAAUAUAUUCUUCUAAAAAUCAAUUAACUUUGAUAGUGCAAAGUUAAAUACAUAAUCACAUUAAUGAAAAAAAAUGAGUUACCGAAAUCUAGGUUUGUGAAUCAUUUAUUUGACCACAUCAUUGCUUUGUAAUGAACUUUGUAAAGGAAUGGCAAAAUGAAAAAUACAGUAUUGGUCCGAAAAUAGGCCGACCUUUUUUGCCAGUUUUUUUAACCUUGAAAUCUAGAGUCGGCCUAUAAUGGGGCACUAGCCAAAAUAGUAUAAUUAACCACAAACAUUUCAAGGAGAAUCACUUAUGGCAUAAAAAUGUUAUCAUAUAUACAAUUCAUUGACCUAAAAUUACGCCGUACUUAUGUGGAAUUAGUAAUUUUUCCAACUUAGAAAUUUAGUAAACAUACUUAACCCCAAUAACGUAUAAUAUUUUAAGUUAAGUACACAGAUGUGGUCACUUGUAGCACAUAGCUUUUAAAAUUUAAAAGCUCGGUCUGGUUAUUUUUGGACUGUAUUGAACAGGCUGCGGUAAUUUUAUUUGCUUGUAAAAUGUGGUAUUUACAGUAAACAAUUAGUAAAAACAGCAAUUUUGCCGUAAGGUUAUUUACCUUAGUAUGCUUUAUUUACUCUUCUACCACAGGAAAAUCAAAAUAGAUAAAUGGCACCAGUGUUCGCAUCUUGUAGUUGCGACACGAAUAAACAAAUACCGGUACAUACCAAUAGUAACAAGAAAAAUAAAACCUAUUUGCAAUAUUGGCUGUUUUAUGUUUGAUUCAUACACGUUUUAUAUGAAACCAUUUUGGGUUUUUUACGUCAAAAUUAAAGGUACCGGUUAACGUUUUUACGUCACAAUUUCUAUGAACUUAGAAAUGUAGCCAUUGCCGUAUAAAAUGUUGGCACCACUACAAAAAAAUGUGAAAAUAAAUGGAAGAAUAACACAUUUUGUCAGUUCAAUAAAUACUAACUUAGUUGAAGUGUUACUGUGGUAAUAUGCUACUGAUAAUCAUUUUAGUUAGAUAAAAUUUAUUUUCCCCUGUUUUUGAGUGUAGAAGGGGUCGGCCUAUUUUUGAGGUCGGCCUGUUUUCGGACCAAUACGGUACCACCAAAUAUUCCUUGUGAGAAAGAUGAUACACAAAAUGUUUAAAAGGUUUAUCUAUAGCGGUGUUUUGAUGCAUUAAUGGGUCUUUAAUAUUUUCGUAGUGUUGUGACAUUUUUGACGAGAUUGCAAGACUCGUAAUGAUUUAGAACACAUCUCUCGAUUCUGUUUAUAGUAGAAUAUAAAGCUGUUACUGUACUUAAUUUUAGUAUUAGGUACUAUACAUAAGUGUUCAAAUUCUCAAGAAUCCAACAAUUCUCUGAGUGGGUGUUGUGUGUUUGCCACAAAAGGUAACAACGAAGUACAUCUUGUGAAUAUUUAGUUGCAUUAAAAUUAUUUUGUUGUAAGAAAAAAGUAAGAUGAUAACACUAAUGUAAUUGCUGAAGUAGAUAAAGUAUUUUGUUGGCCAUGCAGAAGUGAAAUUCAUGUCAUUCAUAAAUAAUGUGUGUUUUCUUAGUAGGUACUUAUAUUGUAUAGGUAUAGUGAAGUUUCGUUUUUUGUUUUGACGGGGGAGUUUUUUUAACUAUGGAUAGUAAGUUGUGGUUUAUAACAGAAGAAAGGAACUGAAUUAAUAUAAAUGCAAUAUUGUUUGAAAAUGAAAUCUUUAUUAAUUUCUUUAUAAUAAGAUACAGAGUAGUUAAUAAAUUGUUACAAGAAAUAGAAGUUUUCAUGACAAUAUCAAUUACUUUACUGAUCUUAUGGAAUCCAGGCAAGAAUGUUAAAAUAUAGAUAUUCUUUGUACUUACCUUUCUUGCCUGAGUUAGGUCUUUGCUUUCUAGACAUCAGUUUCUAAGGCAAAAUCCUACACCUUAGUGUAGUAAAUAUGUAAAAGAUAUGAAAUGCUAUUCGGGUACAUGGUGAUAUAAAUCUGCUCCAUGAAAAUUACAUUGAAGUACUAAUUGAAAUAAUUCUUUAGCAAUUUUAGGAUUGUCUACAACCUAUUUUUCCUAACACCGGAGAUCCGUAGGAUAAAUUUCAUGCAAGAUUGAGCUAAGCUGUAGGAAAAUUAACUAUCAAAAUUUAUUUUAUGACUCAUUAGGUAUGGCACAACACACAGUUACACAGACCAAGAAAGGAAUUGCCUAUCUCAGCACUUGUAUGGAGCGGUUUUAGAAAUCCAUGGGAUAAAAUCAGUAAAUUUGGACCAGAAUUUGCCACCUUGUUCAGUACCUGUAUGUUUCAUCCAAAAUAGAAGAGAUGUUUCUUGAGAGGGAAGAGACAAGAUGACAGUUAAAAUAAUUCCAUUAUUCAUCACGGCUAAGAGCAUGAAGCUAAUCAGUACAAAGUGAAUAAAUGUCAGUUUUAUGUAACUCCUGAUUUGUGGCACAAAAAUCAUCUUAGGUCUGUUAUUACACAGAACUCUUGCUUUACACUAUAUACCUGAUCAUGUUAAGUAACAAUGUUAUGAACAGCUGAUGAGUUUCACAUGAUUCAAAGCAACUGAAAAUUGGUUUUGUUUUAUCAUGAGAGAGAGCCAAUUGGAAUACGUGAUAAAACCAUUUUGGGUUAUCCAAAUUCCCUUACUAAUUACCUAUUGUGAACACUAAGCUAUUCUUUGGUUAUGUUUGAAGGAGAUCAACAUAAUAUACCAUGUGUAUCGCCAAUAUGAAUGUGAAUAUGUUGUAUUCUUUAAAUAAACCUUGCACGGGU